GAGAGGAUCCGAGGUGGGCGCGUUUAACGCUGUUGACCACUACAGUCAUCGCGCGCGGGGGAACGACAGACAUUCGCCUUUUUUUCCCCCGACUUGCUGUGUUUUUCCCUUUUUUUCUGUGCUAUUUGACAACAAUGCUCUUAGUUUUCCUACGGAUAAUACUCACUGUAUCGUGUAUGAAGGCGUAAUCGCUGUGUAGUGGAGCAGCUCGGAUUCUACGAGGCCAAAGAUAACUCUUCUUUGGGAAACCAAACAUGCCGCGGAGGAAACAAGAAGCGCCCAAGCGCGCGGCAGCCUACUCUCCAGAGGAGUUGGAGGAGAUGAAGGAGCAUGCGAUGGAGGAGGAAGAGGAGGUGGAAGAAGAGGGCGUAGACUUCCCAGAGGAGGGAGAGAGCUCAGAAAAGGACCUCCUCACCAAUGAGCCACCGGGUGACCAGGACUCCAUUGUUGGGGCCGAGCUCUCUGCUCAGGAGAUGGACAGUGAAUCACACGUGAGCGAGGCCAGCGAACCGCUGUCGGACUUUGAGACCGCCUCGGUCAAAGCCGAGGAGAGGCCUGUCAAAGAGCCUCUGAACGGAGCAGGGGUGAGGGUGGGGACCCUCUCGGGCCUGGACACUCCCUUGGCGCAGGACACCCUGGAACAGAUGAAGACCAUUUACUCCAGCUUCCUGACCAACUCCUAUUGGUCGCCCCUGAACUUUAACCCCACCCCAACCCUGACUCAGACACUGACACCUGUGGAGAAGCCACCGCGGACUAGCAGCACUAGCAGCAGCAGUAGCAGCAGCAGUAGUUAUGACUGGCACCAGUCCGCAGUGGCUAAGUCCCUGCAGCAGCAGGCCUCUCAGCGCCGCCACCACCCUCAUCCCUCAGAGCCCAGUCUCUUCAGCACAGUGCAGCUCCACAGACAGAACCCCAGACUGUAUGGCAACAUCUUCACUGGGGCCAGCAAGUUCCGCUGCAAGGGCUGCAGCGCUGCCUACGACACCCUGGUGGAGCUCACCGUGCACAUGAAUGACACGGGCCAUUACCGCGAUGACAACCACGAGAGGGGAGCCAACGGGGCCAAGGGGCACUGGUCCAAGCCUCGCAAGCGCUCCCUUCUGGAGAUGGAAGGCAAGGAGGAUGCCGCGAAGGUGCUGAAGUGCAUGUACUGUGGCCACUCCUUCGAGUCCCUGCAGGACCUGAGCGUCCACAUGAUCAAGACCAAACACUACCAGAAAGUGCCUCUGAAGGAGCCAAUGGCCCCUAUGGCAGCCAAAAUGAUCUCAAGGAAGAGAGGCCCACUCUCUGGGAGCCUGGACCGCCCUGGCUCCCCACGCUCAAGAGAGGUGACCCCCAAAGCCUCCCUGAGUGGUGACCCCAACGACCCCUCCCACAAGGCCUCCAACCCCUAUAUCACCUCCAGCAGCCGCUUCGGCCACCAGAACGGCGGCAGCUAUGCGUGGCAGUUCGAAUCGCGCAAGUCCCAGAUCCUCAAGUGCAUGGAGUGCGGGAGUUCCCACAAUACCCUGCAGGAGCUGACUGCCCACAUGAUGGUGACGGGUCACUUCCUCCGGGUCACCAACGGCAACCCCCCCAGCAAGAGAGGAGGCAGGCCCGUCCCAGAGGCCGCCUCCCCCAACUCUGUACAGGCCACACACCCCACAGAGGAGGGGGUUCAGUCAAUCCCAUUGGCUCCUACAUUCUCCCCUCCUCCGCCCUCUGCCGUUUCACCCCUGGCCAUCUCCCCUCCUCUCAAAGACAUUAAGAAAGAGGAGACGGAGGACGAGUGUACCAAGGACAUGGUCAGCCAUGACAAGGUGUCGAACGGGGACGAGGAGGUGGAGGAGAAGUUUCACAACUCCACCAAGUAUAACUAUCUGACCGAGGAGGACCUGAAGGAGAGCCCCAAGGGCGGCUUCGACAUUCUGAAGUCCCUGGAGAACACGGUGACGUCGGCCAUCAACAAAGCCCAGAGUGGCAACCCCAGCUGCGGAGGAUACCCCAGUAUCCACGCUGCAUAUCAGUUCCCAAACGCCCUGACACUGCCCCAGGGUAGCGCUGAGAAGAGCUCCCCUCUCAAGUACCUAUUCACUGGAGGAGAUGGGGUGCUCUCUUCCCUCAGCAAGAGCCAGCCCCUGAUUUCCCCACCGGGUAGUCAGAGCUACCCCCUCGCCCAUCUCAACAACUUCCAGGCCAUGGAGGAGCUGGUUAAGAAGGUGACUGAGAAAGUGGCCAAAGUGGAGCAGAGGGUAAAGAGAGAGGUGUCCCCCAAGAGAGAGGUGUCCCCCAAGAGAGAGGUGCACCGGUCCCCUUGUGGCAGUGAAGCCGUGGAGUCCACCGGAGCAGAGUCUCUGCCCCGAGAGUGGAGGGCGGUGACUCCGGCUAACAGCGACAGGGUCUCACCAUCUGAGAGAGAGAGCAGUAGAGAAACGGUUCAAUUGCCUGCCUCUGCUCUGAGCUGCAGUACGGCCUUCAUAACAGGACACGCCCCUCUGGAGCAGCCCUUCGUUAACCCUUUAAGUGCUCUUCAGUCUGUGAUGAAUGUCCACCUGGGGAAGGCAGCCAAGCCCACCCUGCCCAGCCAGGACCCUCUCAGUCUGCUGUCCAGGCUGAGCCAGAGUAUGGCCGAGAGGGCCGCUGUGGCCUCCUCCCCCACGCACACCAAAAGACACCCAGAGCCUGUGGCUUGUCGUAGCAUCUGUCAGUCCAUUGAUGACCAGCCCAUGGACCUGACCAAAGGGAAGCGUGAUCGAGGGGGCUCUAUGGGAUCUGAUCCUCUGACUCCCUCAUCCACAGCCUCCUCUGUCUCCCCUUCCUCAAUGGUGACACCUGCCAAGAUGACAGUGGUCUCUCCCUUCACAUCCAGCAGCCCGCUACAUGAAAACGCCCUGUUGGACAUCUCCGACAUGCUGAGGAACCUGACGCAAUCAGCACACCACGUCUCCAAGCCCCCCUCACGGACUCUGAUCACAGAGCGGGUCACAGAUAUAGUGGGCUCCACCACCCAAGAGGAGGCCGAGGGGUCCAUGGCCAAUAAGCGGAAGGGCCGUCAGUCAAACUGGAUCCCCCAGCACCUGCUUCUCCUACAGGCCCAGUUUUCUUCCAGCCUCCGGCAGACGUCUGAGGGCAAGUACAUCAUGUCCGACCUGAGCCCCCAGGAGAGGAUGCACGUAUCCCGCUUCACGGGCCUCACCAUGACAACCAUCAGCCACUGGCUGGCCAACGUCAAGUACCAGCUGAGGAGAACCGGCAGGACCAAGUUCCUCAAGAACCUGGACUCAGGCCAGCCGGUUUUCUUCUGCAGCGAGUGCGCUUCACAGAUCCGGACCCCCACUGCCUACAUUUGCCACCUGGAGGCCCACCUGGGCUUCAGACUGAAGGAUCUGGCCAAGCUCUCCCCCAAACAGACCCUAAGGGACUCCUCGAAAGUUGGGUCUGAUGAACUGCCCCUUCUGGACCCUUUCCUCUUCUCUUCUCCACCCUCUUCUCAGUCACAGGAGGAGGGCAGUGGGACUGUGUACCGGUGCCAGCUGUGUAUUCGUAAGUUUGCCAGUAAGCAUGCCAUCAAGCUCCACCUCAGCAAGAGCCAUGGGAAGUCCCCAGAGGACCAUCUCCUGUAUGUCUCUGGGAUGGAGAAACACUAGAAGUAGAAUUUACAUUUCAUCAUAGAAACACUUGAGUGCUCCCAGCAUUGGACAUACUGGAAUAUAAACUGUUAAAAAAAGAGAACUUAAAAAUAAACUUAAAAGAAAACAGUUGAAGGUGUGACAAAAGUAACUACUGUUAAGUGUCAGCACAAGGUGUUUACAUUCAUGGCCUAUGCUUGUCUGUAUUUUUCUCCAUUUCAAAAUAUGUUAAUUUCACAUGUUGAAGAUAUAGAUCAUGAAUAUUCAGCUUUUAAAGGGAUAGUUUGCCCAAUUACUAAGUUACAUCGUUGUCUAUUGGCCAGGAGAGACCACGAUACAAACUUUCGAUUUGUUUUCCUCUCUGAAGGUAAGGACACAUUUAAGUAAUUUUGUAUUUUGGGUGAACUCUCCAUUGUAAAUUUGAGAUUUAUUAUAUUGUAAUGUAGUUAUUUUUACAUUUUUGUGAAGUUGAUUGGAAUUUGUUGACUCUUUGUUGAACUACAUGUAUGCAUUGAUAAGUUAACAGUUCAAAACAACUUUGGUACUCCAGUUUGUAGUUGGCCCUUGUCACCUUCUAACCCGGAUUUGCUGAUGAAAGCAUUUCUACUCUAAGAGAUCAGCCAAGAACCUGGGAGUGCUCUUCGGGUGAAUUAGCCAAACAAAUAAAUAACAUAGUACUAGUCAGUUACAUCACAUUUUAUAUACUGUUUGUGUAGCAGGUUUGUCGGAUCUGCAGUAUUGCUUAUCAUCAUGUCAGGGGCCCUCAAAAUCCAGGUCUAUGUACAAAUGUCCAUACAGUAUAUAGGCUUACCACUUUGUGUUUUAAGUUAUGCAUACUUGUUAUAUUUCCUAAUUUAAGAGGACUAUGACUAUCCACUGGUGCAGAGCCUUUGAAGAAGACAAAAAUGACAUUGUUUUGCACAAUAGUUUUAUAAAUGUUAUUUGAUAAGAAAAUAUAUAAAAUUGAACUUUGUUCAUGCCCUGUUGCUUCUAUUAUUAAAUUGACUUAAAG